AUGUUCCUCCUAUCUAUCUAUGCCUGCCUGCCUGCCUGCCUGCCUGCCUGCCUGCCUGCCAGCCUGCCUGCCUGCCUGCUACUGCCUAAAAACAAGGCAGUAGCAGCAAUGUUAACAUUUUUACUGUAUGAUCUAUUUCAGUCAGGGUCAAGCAGGGUCAAAAUGAAUAGAGAAUUAGAGAAAGUUCACUCAGCAAGCAGUAAUAGAAACCUGCUGUAUUUUUGGCCAAUAAAACCUAGAUGAAUUACCUUUGGGACUUUAAAAGCUUCCUCUCCUCUUAGUGUUAUCAGACUAGAUGGAACGCAGAACGUCCUCUCCCUUUACUUCUAUCAGAGAUAGUAACCCUAAGGUCAGACAACGGUUGUGUCCCAAAUGGCACCCUAUUCCCUAUUUAGUGCACUACUUUUGACUAGAGACCUAUGGGGCAGGCCCUGGUCAAAAGUAGUACACUAUAUAGGGAAUAGGGUUCCAUUUUGGAGUGGUCAUCAGGGCAGCAUCAGCCCCACUCAAAACUAACCCAGGAGUAUAUUGAGACAGUAGGCUUGAGGGAUCCUUCCCACACUAGAUACCUGUACAUGGUUUCCACAUCAGGAUAGACAUGACUAACUCCUGUACUUACUGCUUACUAUUUAUUUGAAGCAUGACUUACAUGAGUGGUCCUCUGUAGCUCAGCUGGUAGAGCACGGCGCUUGUAACGCCAAGGUAGUGGGUUCGAUCCCCGGGACCACCCAUACACAAAAAUGUAUGCACGCACGACUGUAAGUCGCUUUGGAUAAAAGCGUCUGCUAAAUGGCAUAUUAUUAUUAUUAUUAUGAGACUUACUCCACAAACAUCUUAGCAACUCUUGCCCCACAAAGAAAUACGUUUUAAUUCAACAGGAUGAUCAAAUUAAGAUCUGUAUGUUUGCAUCCCAAAUGGCACCCUAUUCCCUAUAUAGUGCAUCACUUUUGACCGAGGCCCUGGUCAAAAGUAGUGACCUAUCUAGGGAAUGGGAGUUUCUGGCUUUGUCUUGAAGAAUGAAUGAAUGGCUGUAAAAGAUAAUAGUGUUUUAUGACACAAUUCAUUCUGUUCCAAGGACAGUCAGUCAGGCACAAGUGCAGUUUUUCCUUUCACACGCUAGCCUACUAUCUAGUAAAACCUCCAAACCAGGCCAAACGUCCAGGUCAACUGUAGCCUAAAUAGUUACCCUCUGGGACCCUUUUCCCUAUUUAGUGUACUACUUUAUAGGGAAUAGGGUGUCAUUUGGGAUGCACAUAAAGACAGAAAUCUUGAAUCUGGGUCCAUUAGUCUUUUGCUUGUGUAGUUAAUUGCUUUAGGCGCCACUAAAGCAGUCAGGUUUUCAGAGUGCUAGCCCGGUGAGAGAGAGGGCGGCCUGAAGCCGGAUUUCUUAUUCGAUUAAUGGCUAACCUCCCUACCCCCCUAACAUCCCAUCUCUUCCCCGCUACAUUCAGAGAGCAAGUCAGGUUUUUCUUGGAAAGUGUACACUGGUACCUCAGUUCCUCACACUGCGCAGUCUGUCUCUCGGUGUGUAUCCUGACCAGGGAUAUCAAAGGCAUGUGAGCUCGGGUCAACCAGCUUCUCCUCUCCCUUUAGCCUCAAUCCCCAGCUUGACAUGUCAGACGUCACCUACCGUUCAAGAUGGGUGCUAGUCAGAACAGAGGCCAUUUAACCCCUACUGGUUAGGGUACUUUGUUGUUUCUGAUGUUAUCAACGUUGUGUAUGAAAUCUCUAUCUGUAUGGCUUACUGAAGGAGCCUCUGGAGAACAUGUGGGAGUAUGUAUGACCUAUACAUAUUGUAGUAAUGGGAUAAAGACACAUAAAGUACUGCAUUCAUUCUAGACCAAACAUGCCGUGAUAUUUCGAUUGCUCUCUGUCUCGUCUUCCUCUCUCUCACCCUCUCUUUCUCACUCUCUCUCUCUUCCUCUCUCUCCCUUGAUGCUAACCUAAUCUUCCAUAUACUGCACUCUCACACACACAGCAUGGAUAUCACAGCAGUGCUGUUACAACAUCUUUGUUUUGGGAUUUUGGAUGUUAUAUGAGGACAGUGUUAUGUGAUCUUUCUUUCCUGUCCUUUGAAGUAAGCCAUAGAGUCUACGCCUCCUUUAGUGCUGGGUUGGCUGCCAUCUGUCUCCCAGUUUGCAUAAUAGGGGUGCUGCUGGCAGCCAGGGUGUUCUUAAUACCAACGGUCCAACCAUCAACACUGCUUAUGUAACUGUGGAGGGAGUUGGCACAGGGCCUUAAUAGUCCCUGCAGCCCUUCCAUCCAUCUAUCCAGACCCCAAGUCAACAAAACACACACCUCCCUCUCCUCCCUCAUGUCAGUGGCUAAGAAUACAUAUUCUCAGAGACACUGUAUAUAAUAACGAGAUGGUCUUGUCUCCGCAAUAACAAUUGGAGUUGUUAUCGCAAAGGCGGAAAGGCAGGCGGUCUGCUUAUUAAGCCCAAUAAGCCCAUAGAUGCGCAUUGAAUAAUUCUCAAUUUCCGCGUGGACAGAUUGUGACGGGAGUAAACCCUCUCGCUUCGCCUCUUCUUCUCUGAUAUUUUCCAGCCAAACAAAGAGAGAGGAGACAUUUAGCGACCCCAAUUCAAAUUUUACACCCCUGUAGUGCAACAACAAUACCUUUGGGAGAUGUGUAGGCCUACUGUAUUCAGGAUAGGAAAUAAACCAGAUCAACACUAGAUUAGGUUAAUGUUAAAAUGUUAUGCAUUGUCAUAGGCCAUAUAAAUAUGGCACAACAAUUUAAAUGAUGUAUUUGGUUAUGUUGCAUAUCUUAAGGUGCAACAUCUAUGAGGUGUCUGUGUUUUGUCAGUGAGUUGAUACAGCAGUGAGCAGCAGUGGAAAAACAGGAUAAAGACCUUGUUGUAUGAUAUCCACCCAAGUGGCAUUCUCUGUCGGUGCUCUAAUCUCUUUCUAGGAAAUACCAGAGACCCCACUAUACUAUAGCAUUCCAGACUAGCCAAGAUUGCUCACUACUAAGUCAACAUAGCAUGUGUGAUCACUUAAUCACUUUUACUUCUAAUUCACAUUCUGGUAUUCCCUAUUAUUCCUGACAUUUUUUCUAUGUGAGUAAUAAUAAUAAUAUGAAUACAGUUAAUUUAUAACACAGUUUUCAUUAAAAAAACAAUCCCAAAGUGCUACGUAAUUAAACAAUAGGAGUUAAUUGGAUACAGGUUUUGGAUGAGUCAACAUAAUAAUAAUCAAUCCGUAAUCAGUGUCACGCCCUGGCUCUAGGGACUCUUUUAUGUUGAGCCAGGGUGUGUAGAGUCUAUGUUUUGUGCUCUUUGUUUUCCAUUCUAGGUCUUGUAUUUCUAUGUUGGCCAGAGUGGUUCCCAAUCAGAGGCAACGAGUGUCAGCUGUUGCUGGUUGUCUCUGAUUGGGAACCAUAUUUAAACAGUCUGUUUUCCCUCAGUGUUUGUGGGAUCUUGUUCCGUGUUUCCUGUGUAGGUUUGUAUUCGCACUUUUGGACGUCACGUAUCGUUUUUGUUGUUUUGUUCGUGUAAACAUUUAAAUAAAUAUAAGUAUGUUUGCAUUCAACGCUGCGCAUUGGUCCUCUGUUCCCGACGAUCGUGACAGAAGAUCCCACCAAAACUGGACCAAGCAGCGUGUCCAGGAGCCAUCGCCAGGGGAAUCGCUAGCGGAUCUCCGUGGCAACCUCGACUGGGUCAAGCCUAGUGAAGAGCAGAGAGGGUGGACUUGGGAGCAGUGGAGGAAGAGUCUCGACUGGGUCAAGCCAUGUGAGGAGGAGAGAGGCUGGAGUUGGAAGCAGAAGAGCGAGAGUUGGGCGAGAACUAUAGAGGCCUGGCCCACUGGGAGGAGAGACCCCCAGAAAUUUUUUAGGGGGGGGCUCACGCCGUGGACGACGGGGCAGCAGGAGGCCGCGAUGGAGCGGUCCAGCGGGUUUGCAGAGGAGGCCGCCAGGUUAAGGGGGCCACUGGUCACAGAGGAGAGGGAAAGUGUGGAGGCACGGCGAGAGGUACUGGGGUGUGUUACCAGUCCGGUCCGGCCCGUUCCUGAUCCCUGCAUAGGGCCAGUGGUGUGUGUCCCCAGUACGGUCCGGCCUGUUCCUGUUCCUCGCAUCGAGCCUGUGGUGCGUGUCGUCAGCCCGGCCCGGCCUGUUCCUGCUCCCCGCACCGAGCCUAUGGUGCGCGUCGCCAGCCCGGCCUGUUCCUGCUCCCCGCACCAAGCCUAUGGUGCGCGUCGCCAGCCCGGCCCGGCCUGUUCCUGCUCCCCGCACCGGGCCUAUGGUGCACGUCGCCAGCCCGGUCCGGCCUGUUCCUGCUCCCCGCACCAAGCCGAUGGUGCGCGUCGCCAGUCCGGCCCGGUCUGUUCCUGCUCCCCGCACCGAGCCUAUGGUGCGCGUCGCCAGCCCGGCCCGGCCUGUUCCUGCUCCCCGCACCGAGCCUAUGGUGCGCGUCGCCAGCCCGAUCCGGCCUGUUCCUGCUCCCCGCCGAUGGUGCGCGUCGCCAGUCCGGCCCGGUCUGUUCCUGCUCCCCGCACCAAGUCAGUGGUGCGCGUCGCCAGCCCGGCCCGGUCCAUUCCUGCUCUCCGCACCAAGUCAGUGGUGCGCUUCGUCAGCCCGGCUCGGCCUGUUCCUGCUCCCCACACCAAGCCAGUGGUGUGCGUCGUCAGUCCGACACGGCCCGUGCCUGUUCCACCGGUGCCUGGUCCGGUACCGGUCAGCUGCUCCACGUCGGAGCUAGAGCAAUCCGCUCCACCAGUGUUCAGUCCAGCUCCGGCCAGCAGGGCCAGACCGGACCAGGGGUACUGUGGGGGGUUAGAGAGGGAGUGGGGAUCAUGCCCAGAGCCGGAUCCGCCGCCAAGGCCCGGUCCCUCCCCCGCCGCCAACACCCGGUCCCUCCCCUGUGGUGUUCUGUUGGCGCGGUCGGAGUCCGCGCCUUUGGGGGGGGGUACUGUCACGCCCUGGCUCUAGGGACUCUUUUAUGUUGAGCCAGGGUGUGUAGAGUCUAUGUUUUGUGCUCUUUGUUUUCCAUUCUAGGUCUUGUAUUUCUAUGUUGGCCAGAGUGGUUCCCAAUCAGAGGCAACGAGUGUCAGCUGUUGCUGGUUGUCUCUGAUUGGGAACCAUAUUUAAACAGUUUGUUUUCCCUCAGUGUUUGUGGGAUCUUGUUCCGUGUUUCCUGUGUAGGUUUGUGUUCGCACUUUUGGACGUCACGUAUCGUUUUUGUUGUUUUGUUCGUGUAAACAUUUAAAUAAAUAUAAGUAUGUUUGCAUUCAAUGCUGCGCAUUGGUCCUCUGUUCCCGACGAUCGUGACAAUCAGGCACGUUACAGAAUGCGUUUGGAAGCUAGCAGCACAUUUCUGCAGGCUCUUGCAUGCUUUAGUUCAGGAAUGCCUGAAUAAGACAUUGGCUCUUCCAGGAAAGCUUCUGAAGUUUCCUAAAUCUCUGUAUUCUUUAUUUUAAUGUGUUGUGCUUGCCAUGUGGUAUAGUGAGUGAGCUCUCUAGUAAACACAGUUGUUUAAGGAGCUGUCAGGGCAUCCAAGUGGAUAGGCUGUUAGCCAUGAGGCUAAAUGCACGUACACACCACAAUGGGCUGUACUGCAGAGUGGUCUUCAAGAUAAACAGGCCAGUCAGGUUGUCAGUCUUCAAUCAACAGGAGAUACAUGGCCCUCUGCUCUGGGGUUCUGAUUAAACACACGUGUCCUAACACAGAUACACAGAUGUAUGCGCACACAAGCGAAGGCGCAUGUACACAGACUUAUGCAGCUGCAACUUAAUGACAGUCUGUACCAUGCAGUGGGUCUCAUCUGUAUGAAAACAGAGGCAGGGGAAGCACCCAAUCAGAUCAGUGGGAUCAUUAUUUAAUCUGAUCACAGUUUACUCAGAAUUUACCUUCAAGGACACUGUCUCCCAUCAAUUACUGUAAUCCUAGAAUGUAUCACCUGUAGUCGCAUCAUACUCCUGUCACUGUUAUACCAAUUCUCCACAUAGAUACAUACAAAAUAAUUGGUCAAAAGUCCUAUGUGGUCUGUGUUGAAAACAGAGGCACCAUGUUGGAAUCGAUGUUCUAGUUUAAUUAGUGUUUGGCAGUUGAUGGACGUCGGUCGGUGUGGGAACAGGGACAGCUUUUUUGGGGCACCCCUUGCGUGCCUUGCUCUCUGAGAUUCUGAGAUAGUGUGCUCCCAGUGUUGAUAGGGUGCCAUUUGGGACGCACACCCUAUUUCAUAUAUAGUGCACUACCUUUGACCAGGGCCUUGGUUAAAAGUAGUGCACUAUAAAGGGAAUAAGGUGCCAUUUGGGAGGCAGACAGGACCUGGUAACAUGAGUGGCAGCCCCCUUCUCUAAAGGGGAGGGAGGAGUCGUGGUCAGUCAAUUGUAAACAUAAACAUACCGUCAGUGUUUUUCCCAGAACAGCCUCAAUGCAGGAUUCAUGGUUGUAGAAGUCUAGAGGUCUCUCAAGGGUUUUCCAAACAGCUAUCCACCCACUGCAGCCUCCCGGCAGCACUACUUCACUAGAGACUCAAUCAAACCAUUCAUACACCUUUAAAAUGAAGUGCUUUGUAACACUAAAACUAGUGGCAACUGAGCUGCCACCACCUUAAAGGAGACAAAACCUUAACUUUGCUGGAGUAUUUAUUGAAACACGUGGUUGUCAGGGUAUUGGGACAGAUUUAAGAUGUAUUCAAACAUUCAACCUGAGGUGUUCUGAAAUAUGACAUGUUGUGUUGUAACACCACAUAAUCAAGAGUUGUGCAACACCUUGCCAGAGACUGGGAGCACUAACCUGGAAAAGGUUGAAAACACUAUCAUGGUUUUGAGAGUCCUGUCUAGUGCAGAAUUAGAUCCCUUUUUCUGCAGUUUCCAAAUACUGUAAGUGGGAGUCCCCCCUCUUAUUAUAUAUUCCCUGCUCUUAUAUGGUGUACUGAUAAACUCCUCAUCGGUAAUUCCAAAAGGUCAAACGUACAGUAAGUAUUAUGUUCAAACAAAGCACACAAAAAUACAAAAGUUGGUCCAGGAUAAUAAUUAAUGAGUACAACAUUACUUUUUCAAGACAUGAUUGAAGCUUCAAAAGGUGUAUUUUAUUUGCAAAUUAUCAAAUGACAAAACAUGAAAAAUUUUAUAUUGAUAAAGUAAGACAGUUCAAAAAUCUGUAAAAUAUUUAUCAUAUUAUUCCUCAAAUUCAACUGAUAUGGCAUUAUAUUUAAUGUCCAUUAAAAAAAAAAUCUGCCAAUGACUGCUAAUGUUAGCAGUAGCACACAUACAAAACUUGUACAAAAGUUCAGCCUAGGGCUCAAUGCGAUCCAUCGUUCAUCCAUUAUGCUAAUGUUUCUGACCCGAGUGUUUAUAUUCAGAUGAUGGUGAAUGGCAUGGAAGGUUGUUCAGAUGAAUUGAAUCACAAUACAGUUGAGUUAGAUGAUAUGAUUGACAGUUGACCGUUCAGUUGGCAUUAGUCUUCAUUGGCUUUAAUUAGGAUUGGCCAGCCAGUGGAUAGAAUAAGUGAUUAAGCUAUGCAAAUAUAGCAACAACAUAACAAUAUUAAUGUCAAAAGUGGGAUGCAAUAACAUGUGUUGUGGUAGGCCAAAGCUAGAGCAGGCUAAAAUGUCAGUGGCUAUGUAGUGUAGCAUGUAGGGUAUAGAUCAAAGAGUAGAUCAAACUCAAAUCUAGUAGGCAAACAAGCCAGCAGUAUUAACUAAAAAGCAGGCCUUAAUUUGCAUAAAACACAAGUGCACGAAAGGUGCAAACAAUGACGUGUCAAUUAACAACUUCAUGUAGCAUCAAGAAAACUAAUCAAUGAAUCAAAAGGACUGUUUUACUUGGACUAUUAGCAUUAGCAGCCGAAAUGCUACACAAAACAAAUGUUCUUAUUGAGUGAAUUCCUUUUCGGUUUCUUUCUUCAAUGUGAUAACAUUGUAUACUCACGUUUUCAUUGACACAUACUUCUUAGAUUUUUUUGGGACAGUUCAUCUGAGCAUUUGGUGUGCUCUCACCUGUCUGAGUUCGUGAACGAUUCGAAUACAGAGGCGCCCGCAAACUUGCCUGUUUUUAUACUUGACCAUAGAGUUUGCUGGAGGGCACACCUGCCACAAAUGCCGUCUCUCCACCUCCAGACUGGGGGAAUUCUGAACAGUACGUCAGCACAAUGUUUGAAGUUCACAUUUUGCCUUUAAUCUAAACAUUUGGCUUCUGAUAUGUUAAGUUCCUCACAUGGUGUGUGGUUGAGUGGGUAAAAUUCCAAAUAAAUUUGGCAUCUUGCUUCCCCAACUGUCAGGGGUUAAAUUCCUGCUUCCGCCUGUCCAACUUUAACUCCUUCUCUGUCUCCUUCUGUUUCUAAUCUGUCUAAACAAAACACAGAAAAAAUAUAGGUUGAAUUUCACAAAGUCCAUGUUAAGUCUAAUUAUCUGAAGUCUGAAUGUGCUCAGCAUAACAAAGGUGGUUCACCACAACAGUUUAGCCCUGAAGACUGGCUGAGUGGACUAAGGGAGUGUGUUGACAAGCAGGACACCUGGGUUCAGGGAGGCAGGGAGCCUAGCGGUUAAGAGUGUUGGGCCAGUAACAGACAGGUUGCUGGUUUGAAUCCCAGAGCCGACCAGGUGAAAAAUGUGACCCUGAGCAAUGCCCUAAUCGCUCUGGAUGAGAGCAUCUGCUAAAUUACUAAAAUGUUCACAUCCACCUUCUCACAUGAAUACCAGUGAUGAAGGCCCACCUCAUGUUACCUCUGCUAUAACCUACAUAGUCCUAAGCAUUUUGAUUGUAACAUUAUUUAUAAUAUCACAAAGUUGCCUGGCAGCUGUAGCUUAUAAUUAGUGCCAAAGUCUGCUCUAAGAACAUUAUUCAAUUCCCAGUGUUUUCUUAAAAAUAUUGACUGAAAAUUAAAUCAUUAUUUAUAAUCAAUCAAUAUUUAUGCUAUAAACCAUUUGCAAUUUAAAACCAUUUGAUUAUAUGAGAGACACGGACUGCUAAAACAUUAUUUUUGUGUUUUGUUGCUGCCUUUUAAAUGCACUGAAACACCAAAAAGUACUUCCAUUCUGUUUUGAAAUACAUUCAGUGUAUCAUUACAUUGGGUUUACAUUCAAACACCCUCCAAAAACAUCAGAUCUCAGCUUAGGUGCACUACUUUUCAUGGUUUCAGUACACAAUGAUGGUGUUUUGAGUCUUUCUAUUUUAACAGUGUACCACAAAAAUGGCUUUAUUCACCCACCUACCCACCGUGAUUACACUGGAUUUGGUUCAAUUUCUCACAGCUUUUGGAAACCUCCUUUUAAAAUGUGUAGAAAUCACAGUUCAAGUUUCUAUGGAAAAAUAUGAUUGUAACACUGGAAUCUGGUUCAGCAAGAUGAACGACCAACUUGGGGUUUUUCACAGAAAAGCGUAUUAGUGCGGUAAAAUAACUCUGUCAGUGGUUCUGUUUUUUCUCUUCAUUUAGAACACACACAUUUUCAUAUUUUUCAACACAGCUUGAUAAGCUUAUUAAUUCUGUAUUGAGUCUUGAUAAUAAACUAUAGUCACAAAGUCAGGCCUGAGGGAUGGGGUGUGUUGUGUUUGUUCCCUGCAAUAUGCUCUGCCAAUAGAAUGGAAUUCUGACUGUGUAUGUAAUCAUUCUAGAAUAUACCUAUGUUUUGUUCCGUGCAGACGCGUAAGCUGACCAAAGUGGAGCGGCAGAGGUUCAGCGAGGAGGUUGAGAUGCUGAAGGGUCUGCAGCACCCAAACAUCGUCCGCUUCUAUGACUCCUGGAAGGACAACUCCAAGGGCCUCAAGUGCAUCCUUCUGGUCACCGAGCUCAUGACUUCAGGCACCCUCAAAACGUGAGCUUGUCCUUCCUGCCCCAACCUGGCCCCAAUCCACGUUGUAGUAGAGGAGACUGUUGUGCCUGUUUUGCCACAUUUCCUCUACACAUUCCUCCUUAGAAAUUCAUAGCAUUUUAAUAUUUUCUAUCUUUUAUCAUGAUCAUAGAAUCUUCAUAUAAAACAAGGAUUGAUAAAAUAGUUUUCCAUGUAAACUCAAAGAUGGGUUCCUGAUAGUCCUCUCUGGUCUGGCCUGUACUGUAGGUAAUGAAGGAGAACAGUUAGUAUAUGAACCUCUUUAGAUGACGCAUCCUAAUAGACUGUGUUUACCUGCAGGUACCUGAAGAGGUUCAAGGAGAUGAAGCUGAAGCUGCUGCAGCGCUGGAGCCGUCAGAUCCUGAAGGGGCUCCACUUCCUCCACACCCGCACCCCUCCCAUCAUCCACAGGGACCUCAAGUGUGACAACAUCUUCAUCACCGGCCCCACCGGCUCCGUCAAGAUAGGAGACCUGGGCCUGGCCACACUCAAAAGGGCCUCCUUCGCUAAAAGUGUCAUUGGUGAUCCUAUAAUUUAAUUUAGUUCAAUAUGUAAUUCUAUGUUGGUGAGUGUUUAAGGUCUGUUGUUGUCACUAUGGGGUUCACCCAACUGGGGUCAUCUAGUUUUAGGGAUUCAUUUCAAGUUUUAGUUUUUUCAAGUUUAGGGCCAUUGCCUUUGAGUGCCCUUUCUAGAUAUUCAUUAUUAUAUCACUCUGCCACAGAUUCCAACCCUAUGAUGCAUGUCCUGUGUAGUCAAAUGUCUGUCCCCUACAGAAGAUUUGUUUGUGUAAAUCUGUUUGUCGGUGUGUGUGUGUAUGUGUUCUUGUGACUGGUAUUUACUUGUCUCUCUCCUCUCCUCCAGGUACCCCAGAGUUCAUGGCUCCAGAGAUGUAUGAAGAGAAGUAUGAUGAGGCUGUGGAUGUGUAUGCCUUUGGGAUGUGUAUCCUGGAGAUGGCCACCUCAGAGUACCCCUACUCUGAGUGCCAGAAUGCAGCGCAGAUCUACCGUAAAGUCACCAGCGUAAGUGGGAAUAUAUGCAAUUAGGCAGACCCUUUUAUCCAAAGCGACUUACAGUAAGUAGUGCAUGUACACAUUUUCGUAUGGGUGGCCCCUGCGGGAAUCAAACUUAAAACCCCAGUGUUGCAAAUGCAAACGCCAUGCUCUACCAACUGAGCCACACAGGACCAUAAUCCCACACAGAGUGGGACUCUCCUCUCUCUAUGCAGUGUUCUUCAAUAGCGUAAUUGUACACACAUGUUUGCUUUCCUCCCCUUGCACAAUGGAAGAGACAAAAUAACCUUCUGGAUGUCCUGCAGAUGUAGGAUCUUAAUUUGGCCUGUAUUGUCGCAGCCAAAUAAUCCUUCAGCAACAGGAUUUUAACGUUUAGUCCAUAAUGUUGCUUGAUCGGUGGUUAGGCUAUUACCUGGUCAAAAUGAGGUUACAUGAAAAGUGGAAUACUGUUAAUUUAACCGUGUGUUGGUGUAGGUUUUCAGUUAAUUUAUGUAAAUCACAAAGCUCAUCUGCAUUUCCUGCAGCGCAGAACAAUUUGCAGGAACAAAAUAGUGAUCAAAUGAAGAUCCUACAUUUGUAGAUGUCUUGAUGAAGUCUUGAUGUUAAGACUCCACUCUCCAAAUUUUUGUUAAAAGUCCAAUGCAGCCGUUUUUAUCUCAAUAUCAAAUCCUUUCUGGGUAACAGUUAAGUACCUUACCAUGAUUGUUUUCCGUUAAAAUUGUAAAAAAUAAGAAACAAAAAUUGCUUCUUAGGAAAGAGCAAUUUUUCAAGCAAGAAUUUUGCUAGGACUCUGGGAGUGGUUUGAGUGGGGAGGGGAAAACUGAAAACGAACUGUUAUUGACAGAGGUUUGGAACUCUCUUUCUUAUUGGUCUAUUAACCAGGCAGGCCAAAAGUCCAUCUCACCAAAACAGGCUGAAAUUUCAGGCUAUCUUUUCAAACAGCUCUUACACUAAAAGGGCAUUAUCAUAAUUUUCACAAUUUCACAGUAUUAUUCCAACCUCAUAGUGUGGAAAUAUGUAUAAAACACAGGAAAAUCACGUUUUUGAUUGCACUGGGCCUUUAAUUAUAAGCUCAAUAUGCAUUACCAUGUUGUAGUGUUGUAGCAUUAUGCCGUCUCUCUUCUGACCCGCAAUUAUGACUCAUAAUAGAUUAUAUUUAACUCAGUGAUUCCGAGCUCGUUCUAUGCUUCUACUUUUGCAAAGAUCCAGACUAUUAGAAGCGGGGAUCUAUUAGAAGAAGGGGUUGGAACCUAAAUUAUUUUCCAAUCUUUUCAUUCUGAACAGGACCAUUAUUAUUUUCGUUCCAUUCCACUGUUCCGACCAGCAAAAUAAAGUGGGGAUAGAGCAAGAGAGGGUGGAGGAAGAGGCUUGGCUUGAAGCGCUGGGCAUCUUACCUACGGAGGAACGGCUUCAAUGGGGGCUCCUAUAGCUAGCUAGCUAACAGGCUUGUGUGUGCAGAGCGACACCAGAAUUAAAAACACGUCUUAGUUAGUAAAUCCAAUGUGAAAUGUAGCCUACACGCACACAGACUGCCAAAGAUGGCAGGCAAACACUGGAAUACGUUUCUGAGUGACAGAGUGAGGGCUUUGCAUUGGCGUUUUGUAGCAUUUUUUUGUGGGACUGGAAAAAAAAGCCUGGAACGUGAAAUAACAUUAUUAACCGGUUCCCAUGCUUUUAAAAUAACGGCUCUGUUCCGGAAUAGUAUAGAUCACUUUCGUUCCCGGUUCUGAUUCUGUUCCUAGAAAAAUGUAGUUAUUUUCCAGUUUUGGGUUCUGUUCCCUGAACUGGCGCAAACUCUGUGGCUACGUCUCAAAUGACACCCUAUUCCCUAAAUGGGCCCGGUCAAAGGUAGUGCACUGUAUAGGGAAUAGGGUGCCAUUUGGGCGCAUACUACUCUCAAAACCUUAUUAAAGUAAUCCAGAAGUAAGUAACUUGAUGAAAGGCCAAGCUUCUCCCUGACAGAGGUGUUUACUACUCAGAGAGGGAGUCAGUAAUGACAGGAACCUCCACAUUGAGAGCUGUGUUCUUGGGCUUUGGGCUGGAGCAUACAGGGUGGUGACGCCACAGUGGGUUUGGGCAGGCGAUGGUAGAAUUAUGUGUUUUGAAAAUGACGUCUGCCUUCUACACAAACAGCGCCUUUCUCUCUCUCUCUCUCUUUCUUGAGACGGACAGCAGAGCAAACAGAGCCUUUUAGAGGCUGUAGAGUGGGAGUGAGGGUGACAAUGCCAGAGAUCCAGUCUGAGAGAGUGUGUAUGGGUCAUAAGUGCAGGUUACUGUAGGCAUCUCUGAUCGGUCGCCACUCGACAUCCAUAAUGUCAAUGUUCCAUAAACAACUAAAAGGACCUACUCAGGGGAGUCUGGGGCCUUUACCUGGCAGAUUACCGCUGCUAGUCUGAACACGUUUUAAAUAUAAUGUCAUGUUUUAACAUAAUAAACUGUUAGAUUCACAAGCAGAGACAUUAUGACCACUGUGCAAGUAUGCAGUGCAUUAGAACAGAGUCAGAUCAAAAGAGAAUACUCAAUUGGUUUGCUUGCUUGUAUACUGUCUGUUCCUUUGUUAAAUUGAUAAGCCAUAGGGAUAUUGUAAUUAUAGUGGAGGCCAAUUGAAGGUCAGUGUCCUUUGUGGUCCUUUCUUGUUAUCAAGUGUUUGGAAGAGUUGAAGCGAUGUAGAGAAAAGGGUCCUUUACAAUCACAAUUAUCUCCAGAUAAUAGUGAUAUUCAGAGCAUUGAUGUUAUGUAACAUACUGUCACGCUGUGUAUGUUUCCAGAUAAUACAGUAUCUGAUGCAUUUACAAAGAGAACCCAUUGACUUGUUCCUACUUCAGGGAACAGUAUCAUCUCAUCCAGGCAUGAAAUGAGAAUAUCACACUCUUAGAUACAGUCCAUUCCUGCCAUCCAUAGUCUCACAGCUCAAUCUUCUGUCUCAGUAUAAAUAGGCUAUCAAGGAAAACACAGGCCUGUGUCUGCCCCUUGGCAAAUCACAAACUCAGAAGGCAAACAUAACAAGUCAACAUUGUUGCACAAUUACAACAAUGUAUACCAGCUAACCAACCAAACCAGACAACCUUUAUUUACCCAACGGUUUUAUUUUAAUGUUAGAAUAAACAUGGGGUAACAUUAGGACAGCUGUGAUGUUAACCUUGGCUGUUUAAAACACGAGGGGAUUUGCUCCAAUCUCUUAUCAGUGUUGUCUCAGGUAGAUUGAAACAGUUGCAGACCCAUAAUUCACUGCUCGCUGCGCUGCACCGGGGUGGGUGAUGAGAGACAGAGGUCUGCAUUCUUUUUGUAGCCACACUGCCCUUUAAAAGGACAACACUAACACGAACAGAAAAUAGACUCUUUGGUCUUUUCCAUUUCCAUUUCCAUGUCCCCCCCAUUCACUGUUGUGGGUUCACUCAUGAGGGAGGAAUGUCUGACAUGUUUCUGUCAGGCAACAUCUGAGAAAGGGUCACAGUAUGUGCAAUCUAUACAUUCCCCUAUGUUACUCCUAUGUCCCCUAGGUUACCAUAGGUUACCUUCCAUUUUAAACCAAGCAGGUAAAUAACCAAUGCUAACCAGAUUGCUUCUCCUCGCAGGGGAUGAAACCAGACAGUUUUUACAAAGUCAAGGUCCCAGAGCUCAAAGAGAUCAUCGAAGGAUGUAUCCGGAUGGACAAAGAUGAAAGGUAUUGGGCUAUUGGGCUUCUCAUAAUAUCCUUACAUUACAUAAAACAUGAGAUAUUACACAAAUGGUGAAAUGAAAUUCCAGUCGUUCUGCUAAGAAAACUAUAUAUCAAAUCCUUUGGUGUACAAUUAAUGUGUCAAAUUAAAAGGAAUUGAAUAGUUAUAUUAUUCCUUUACCUCAGGUACACCAUCCAGGAUCUGCUGGAGCACAUGUUCUUCCAGGAGAACAAUGGCGUCCAUGUUGAGUUGGCUGAGGAGGACGACAUGGUGAAGUCAGGCCUGAAGCUGUGGCUCCGCAUGGACUACACCAAGAAACUCCACGGGAAGUACAAGGACAACAACGCAAUCGAGUUCCUGUUCGAACUCUACAAGGACGUGCCAGAGGAGGUGGCGCAGGAGAUGGUGAGCAGCUCACGUUUCAAGUUGCAAGUUUAUUUACCAUAUUGCAUGUAAUACAUGCACUGUAAAUCUUACUCAGAGCAGAGCUCUCAGCAGAGCAUUGAAAACAGUAAGAAAGCCAUGAUAUUGGUAUACUGUAUCCACUCCCUUUGGUACCACUCAUGAGGUGAUAACUGUUUCAGUAAUAGGCCAUGUGGGAAAGCAAUAUGGCCUACCACUGGGUAUCUUCCCACAACACUUGAUCUUUGCAGUUACCUAACAUCAUGUCCUCUUUUACCUUUACUUCCCCUACAUUAAUGAUUAAAAGAAGAGUUUCCAGUUGUGGCUCUCACAAGCUAAGGACCGGUGGAAACAGCUAAGUGUAAUACUAUAGCUAUUAUGCAAGUAGAUAGUAGAAUCAGCUUACAUAUUGUUGGAGUGUCGGUGUUGUACACAUCCAUUCUUAUUUUUAGAGACAAACAAAAAAGUGACUCUUACAUAUCCAGACACUGUAUGUAUAGAUAGCAAACCAUGCAGUGGUGUUAAUGAGUACAGGAUGAGUUGAAGAAGGAAUAUCCUGUAUAGAUUCAGAUGAUAUAGAUAUCCUAUUUGCAACAGACCCCAACCAGCAACAUAGUUUAUGAUUUGAUUACAAUCAUGGACAUACACUGACAUAUGCUUAGGCUGCAGACAGCGUAGUGUGUUAAGGGCACAGGUCAGAGUUUAAUCAUCAGCGGUAGAAAUGUGAGAGGAGAGCGUGGCUCAGGAAGAUAGCAGAGGUCAGGGCUUUAAUAAUAUAAUGGCUGUCUCUCGGACGGGAUGCAUUACGAAACAGCUUCUCCUUGGUUGUGUCCCAAAUGGCACCCUAUUCCCUGUAUAGUGCACAACUUUUGACCAGGGCCCACACACUAGGGUGCCAUUUGGGACGUAGCACUUGUGUCCUCCAGCCCCUUUAGCAGAGGUCACUUUUAAUGAGAAGGACCCGGCCUGGCCACCAGCCACAAUUCCAUACCUGUUGCCUUUUCAUCAAGAUCCCAUAUAUUAUCAUCCAGAACAGGGUUUCCCAAAGUCGGUCCUGGGCCCCCCCCCGGGUGCACGUUUUUUACCCUAGCACUACACAGCUGAUUCAAAUAACCAACUCAUCAUCGAGCUUUGAUUAUUUGAAUCAGAUGUGUAGUGCUAACAGCGUAAUCUGACUAGGUGUUGAGCGAGGGUAUAGAGAGAGGAGGGAGGCAAAUGACCAACUUUCGUUACAUCCCAAAUGGCACCCUAUUCCCUAUAUCAGGGGUGUCAAACUCAUUCCACGGAGGGCCGAAUGUCUGCGGGUUUUUGUUUUAUCCUUUCAAUUAAGACCUAGACAAUCAGGUGAGGGGAGUUCCUUGCUAAUUAGUGACCUUAAUUCAUCAAUCAAGUACACGGGUGAAGCGAAAUCCCGCAGACACUCGGCCCUCCGUGGAAUGAGUUUGACACAUGUGCCCUAUAUAGUGCACUACCUUUGACCAGAGCCCUAUGGGCCCUGGUCAAAAGUAGUGCACUAUAUAGGAAAUAGGGUGCCAUUUGGGACGCAGCCCUUGUCCUCCUGGCCGAUCUGAGACUGGAACACUGUGUUCUGAGUGGGACAGGUUUGGAUGUAACACCAUCCUUUAAAGGCCUACUCUGUGAUUUACAGCUGUAUCUUUUACAUUGAUUCUUGAAGCAUAUCAAAGGGCCUCAGAUCAAAUCAAAAUCAAAUCAAAUGUUAUUGGUCACAUACACAUAUUUAGCAGACGUUAUUGUGGGUGUAGCAAAACGCUUGUGUUUCUAGCUCCAACAGUGUGGUAAUAUCUAACAAUUCACAACAACACACACAAUACACACAAAUCUAAAAGUAAAAGAAUGGAAUUAAGAAAUAUAUAAAUAUUAGGAUGAGCAAUGUCGGAGUGGCAUAGACUAAAGUACAGUAGAAUAGAAUACAGUAUAUACAUAUGAGAUGCGUAAAGCAAAAAUAUGUAAACAUUAUUAAAGUGACUAGUUUUCCAUGAUUAAAGUGGCCAUUGAGUUCAAGUCUAUGUAUAUAGGGCAGCAGCCUCUAAAGUGCAGGGUUGAGUAACCGGGUGGAAGCCGCUUAGUGAUGGCUAUUUAACAGUCUGAUGGCCUUGAAAUAGAAGCUGUUUAUCAGUCUCUCGGUCCCAGCUUUGAUGCACCUGUACUGACCUCGCCUUUUGGAUGAUAGCGGGGUGUACAGGCAGUGGCUCGGGUGGUUGUUGUCCUUGAUGAUCUUUUUGGCCUUCCUGUGACAUCGGGUGCUGUAGGUGUCCUGGAGGGCAGGUAGUUUGCCCCCGGUGAUGCGUUGGGAAGACCGCACCACGCAUCAGCCCCUACAUACAUAGACAGCAUCUGCUCAAUACAUAUUGAUUAUCUACACAGCAAAUUACAAGACUAGCGUUCUGUCCAGGGGGUGUACAGGUCUACUAUUUUUUAAUUUGAUCACUGUUGUCGCAGAUAAUUUUUCUGCGCAGCAGGAAAUGCAAACAUGUAGUGUAUUCAAGCUUUAAAAAGACUUCUAAAGUUUGUAAUUUUCCCUUUAAAUUGUCAGACAUCAACCCCUACAAAAAUUUAAAUUUAUUAUAAUCCACAUGUCCUGUUGCUGCAGGAUUAUUUUCCUGCUGUGAGAAACUGGUCAAAUUAAGAUAGCAUAUACAGUGGGGAAAAAAAAGUAUUUAGUCAGCCACCAAUUGUGCAAGUUCUUCCACUUAAAAAGAUGAGAGAGGCCUGUAAUUUUUAUCAUAGGUACACGUCAACUAUGACAGACAAAAUGAGCAAAAAAAAUCCAGAAAAUCACAUUGUAGGAUUUUUUAUGAAUUUAUUUGCAAAUUAUGGUGGAAAAUAAGUAUUUGGUCAAUAACAAAAGUUUCUCAAUACUUUGUUAUAUACCCUUUGUCGGCAAUGACACAGGUCAAACGUUUUCUGUAAGUCUUCACAAGGUUUUCACACACUGUUGCUGGUAUUUUGGCCCAUUCCUCCAUGCAGAUCUCCUCUAGAGCAGUGAUGUUUUGGGGCUGUCACUGGGCAACACGGACUUUCAACUCCAUCCAAAGAUUUUCUAUGGGGUUGAGAUCUGGAGACUGGCUAGGCCACUCCAGGACCUUGAAAUGCUUCUUACGAAGCCACUCCUUCGUUGCCCGGGUGGUGUGUUUGGGAUCAUUGUCAUGCUGAAAGACCCAGCCACGUUUCAUCUUCAAUGCCCUUGCUGAUGGAAGGAGGUUUUCACUCAAAAUCUCACGAUACAUGGCCCCAUUCAUUCUUUCCUUUAAACGGAUCAGUCGUCCUGGUCCCUUUGCAGAAAAACAGCCCCAAAGCAUGAUGUUUCCACCCCCAUGCUUCACAGUAGGUAUGGUGUUCUUUGGAUGCAACUCAGCAUUCUUUGUCCUCCAAACACGACGAGUUGAGUUUUUACCAAAAAGUUAUAUUUUGGUUUCAUCUGACCAUAUGACAUUCUCCCAAUCCUCUUCUGGAUCAUCCAAAUGCACUCUAGCAAACUUCAGACGGGCCUGGACAUGUACUGGCUUAAGCAGGGGGACACGUCUUGCACUGCAGGAUUUGAGUUCCUGGCGGCGUAGUGUGUUACUGAUGGUAGGCUUUGUUACUUUGGUCCCAGCUCUCUGCAGGUCAUUCACUAGGUCCCCCCGUGUGGUUCUGUGAUUUUUGCUCACCGUUCUUGUGAUCAUUUUGACCUCACGGUGUGAGAUCUUGCGUGGAGCCCCAGAUCGAGGGCGAUUAUCAGUGGUCUUGUAUGUCUUCCAUUUCCUAAUAAUUGCUCCCACAGUUGAUUUCUUCAAACCAAUUUGCUUACCUAUUGCAGAUUCAGCCUUCCCAGCCUGGUGCAGGUUUACAAUUUUGUUUCUGGUGUCCUUUGACAGCUCUUUGGUCUUUGCCAAAGUGGAGUUUGAAGUGUGACUGUUUGAGGUUGUGGACAGGUGUCUUUUAUACUGAUAACAAGUUCAAACAGGUGCCAUUAAUACAGGUAAUGAGUGGAGGACAGAGGAGCCUCUUAAAGAAGAAGUUACAGGUCUGUGAGAGCCAGAAAUCUUGCUUGUUUGUAGGUGACCAAAUACUUAUUUUCCACCAUAAUUUGCAAAUAAAUUCAUCAAAAAUCCUACAAUGUGAUUUUCUGGAUUUUUUUUUCUUAAUUUGUCUGUCAUAGUUGAUGUGUACCUAUGAUGAAAAUUACAGGCCUCCCUCAUCUUUUUAAGUGGGAGAACUUGCACAAUUGGUGGCUGACUAAAUACUUUUUUCCCCCACUGUAUGUGUACUUAAGUACACCAAGCUGUCUCAUGCUACAGAAACAGGAGGUAGGCUCCUUCCCUAUGAGCCUUUCUACAUUUACAUUUGAGUCAAUCAAGUACAAGGGUUGAGCAAAAACACACAGACACUCGUGCCUUGCUCAAGGGCACAUCAACAGAUUUUUCACCUAGUCGGUCAGGUUUUCAAACCAGCGACCUUUCAGUUACUGGCCCAGCGCUCUUAACCGCUAGGCUACUGACCACCCAUUGGCUCAGACAAGGCAUACACAGUCGUGAUGAGCUUGACGUCUUUUCAUUUCAUGAUGUACAGAUGUAGGAUCUUCAUUUUAUAACCCUGUUGCAGGAGAAUUUAAAACGUGUAGUGUAUUCAAGGUUUUAAAAGGCUUCUGAAGUUUUAAACUUCCACUUUGAAAUUUCAGACUUGAUUUUCCCUUACAAAAAAUGUAUCAACAUAACAUAAUCCACAUAAUAAUUCACAUUUCCUGUUGCUGCAGGAUUAUUUUCAUGCUGUAGCAAAUGGGCCGUGAAAUGUUCCCUGUUUGUCCCAGUAUUGUGCCCUGACUCUGCUAUGUCCCUUCCUUGUCUGUCUCCCAGGUGGUGCUGGGCUUCGUGUGCGAGGCCGACUUCAAGCUGGUGGCCAAGGCCAUCCGGUACCGUGUCAACGCCAUCAAGCGCCAGCGGGAGAAACUGCGCCGCCUCACAGAGAAGAAGAAGGAGGCCAUUGAGGAGGAGCCUGAGCCUGCACCGCAGCCGCCCUCCCCGAAAAUCAACAGGUCUCCAUCAACAUUGGAGACUCCUCAGAGCCCCAUCCUCGUCCCCACCCCGCCCCCCACCCUGGCCCAAAGCCAGGGUCACCCCCGCCCGAACCCUCUGACCCACACCCUGUCCCCCGUCAACAGCUCUCUGAGCAUCAACUUGGGCAUCAAUGCCAGCUUCAUCCCUGAACCAGAGGAACCAGAGGCAGACCAGCACCAGCACUUCCAGGUCCACCACACCAGCUGCUCCUCGGCCAACUGUGAGAACACUUAACUUAACCUUCAGCUGAUUUAGGCUGUGUUUGCGUCCCGAAUGGCACUGUAUUCCCUAUAUAGUGCACUACUUUUGACCAGGGCCCAUAGUAGCGCACUAUAUAGGGAAUGGAUAAGAGCGUCUGCUAAAAUUACUGAAAUGGAAAAAUGACUAAAAUGUAAUAGAGUGCCAUUUGGGAUGCAGAAUUAG